UAUUCAACCAGACCUCAUGUGGAUCGAUACCACUGUUUGUCUUCCAGUCUAGCCAAUACUGUAAUCCCUCUACCCAGGUAAUAUCAACCAUCUUUUUCUACUUUUGUUUUGUUGUUUUUAUUUUGCUUAAUCUAUAAUUUUGUGGUGAUUAAUCUGUUCAUAUUAAAUUUGAAGAGCAACACAAGAAAUUAUACAGAUGCGCUUGAAUCAGCUUUAUCCGAGGUUUCCAUGGCAAACAAGACUGUGAUAAUUGCAAUUGUAAAUAAGGCCUAUGUAGAAGGAGACAAGCCAAUGCUUGAUUUGUUUUUAGACAGUUUCUGGCUUGGAGAAGACACAAGAGGCUUGAUUUCUCACCUACUUCUUGUUGCGGUCGACCAAACAUCUUUCGAACGUUGUAGGUUUCUCCACCUUCACUGCUACAAACUCGAAGCAGAUGAUCACGCCAAUUUUGAGGCUGAGAAACUCUACAUGUCACAGGAAUUUAUUAAGAUGAUGUGGAGGAGAACUCUCUUCCUCAAAGAUUUGCUCAAGCGGGGCUACAGUUUCGUAUUCACGGACAUAGAUGUGAUGUGGCUAAGGAAUCCAUUUCCAAGGCUAAAUAGCUUCAAUGAGAGCAUGGAUCUUCAAAUCAGUGCUGAUAAGUUCAAUGGGGAUCAAUGGUCUGAAUCCAACCCCCUCAACACAGGCUUUUACAUGGUCAGAUCCAACAACCGAACAAUUUCGUUAUUUGAAAAGUGGUACGACAGGAAGAAUAACUCCACCGGAGUGAAAGAGCAGGAUGUUUUAGACAGCCUGAUGCAUGAAGGUGUUUUCAGAGAAUUAGGCCUCAGUGUGAAAUUUUUAGACACAAUUUAUUUCAGUGGCUUCUGUGAAGUCAGCAAGGACUUCAAAGCUGUCACGACGAUUCAUGCCAAUUGCUGCCGAACCAUAAGCGCCAAGGUGGCUGAUCUGACGGCGGUGAUUCAUGAUUGGAAGAAGUUCGAGAUCUUAUCGAAUUCGAACCAGACAUCGAGUUUGAAAUGGACUAACCAUGUGAACUGUGAGGGUUCCUGGAAAGAUUUCAAUGUGACAUUGGGCUAGCUAGUUUUGAUUGACUUCUAAUAAAACCUAGUUUA